AUGGCACCCGUGAUCGUGGCGCCCCAGGUCGCGCAGGGAACGCAGGCGCCCUACGUGGACGGCGCCAAAGUCCUCGUGGACGGCAAGGUGGUGCCGUGGGAGGGCGCCUGCAGCGACGUCGUGAGCCCGCUGUUCGCGGCGGACGGCAGCCGCGUCGUCAUCGGCCGGCAGGCCGUCUUCACCCCCGAGGCCUCGAUGGCGGCAGUGGAGGCCGCGGCGCGGUCUUGGGCGCGGGGCCGCGGCGAGUGGGCGCAGAAGUCCAUGGAGCAGCGCAUCGCCACGGUCGAGCUCGCGGUCCAGAAGCUGAGGGAGCGGCGGUCGCAGAUCGUCGAGAUCCUGCAGUGGGAGAUCUGCAAGAACGACGCGGACGCGGCCAAGGAGUUCGACCGCACCAUGGAGUACAUCGCCAGCAGCAUCGCCCAGCUCCGUGCCUCGGAGUCCACGGACGUCGUCUGCGACGGGGGCGUCCACGCCAUUCUUCGCCGCUCCCCAGUGGGCGUGAUGAUGAACUUAGGACCGAUGAACUAUCCCUUCAACGAGACCUACGCUACUCUCAUCCCAGCGCUCCUCUGCGGGAACUCCGUGGUCAUGAAGAUCCCCAACCUUGGAGGCCUCGCCCACGUGCUUACCAUGGAGGUGUACGCGGAGUGCUUCCCGAAGGGGGUCGUGAACUUCGUCGCUGGGCGCGGGCGUGACACCAUGCCACCAAUCAUGCGCUCGGGCAAGGUGGACCUGUUCGCGUUCAUUGGCUCCUCCAAGGCGGCCGACUCGCUCAUCCGCGAGCACCCGCAGCCGCACCGCUUGCGCAGCCUGCUGUCGCUGGACGGCAAGAACCUGGGCAUUGUGCUGCCGGACGCCGACCUCGACGUGGCCGUGAAGGAGUGCCUUGCCGGCAGCACCGCGUUCAACGGCCAGCGCUGCACGGCCAUCAAGCUGAUCAUGCUCCACGAGUCCGUGGCCGACGAGUUCUGCAGGCGCUUCUCGGGGGCGAUCGCCGCGCUGCCUGCCGGGCCGCCCUUCGGCAAGAACGCCAUCACCCCGCUGCCGGAGCCGGACAAGCCGGGGUACCUCGCCGAGCUCGUGGAGGACGCCAGGUCCAAGGGCGCGAAGGUGAUCAACGAGCGCGGCGGGGAGACGGACCGCACGCUCGUGUUCCCCUCCGUGAUAUACCCGGUGACCAAGGAGAUGCGCGCUUUCCACGAGGAGCAGUUCGGGCCUCUGGUCGCCAUCGGGAAGUACUCCAACGUCGAGGAGGUCUUGCAGCACCUGGCGGACGUCCACUUCGGCCAGCAGGUGUCCCUGUUCACAAGCGCGGCCGCCAAGGGAAGCCAGGAGUUGUCGUGGAUCCUCGACUCGUGUGCGCUCGCCACUUGCCGCGUGAACAUCAACGCGCAGUGCCAGCGCGGGCCAGACUCCUUCCCGUUUGCUGGCCGCAAGUCCUCCGCGCUGGGCACCAUCAGCGUGUCAGAGGUACUGAGGGCGGUCUCCGUAGAGACGAUGGUGGCCUCCAAGAGCCACGCUGAAACAUGGGGAAUCACUCAGGGAUCCAACGCAUUUGCGCCAGUCAUGAGCAAUAAGGACCGGGCCCGCGGGGGGCCCUACGAGAAGGCAGGCGCGUCGAAGAUUGUGGUAAACGAUUCGUUGAUGGGAGCUUGA